CGGCGCGAGCUAUGGUCCAGGAGCCUGCGCUUCACGACGCAUUCCUGCUCCGUUGCUCGUACUGUUGUCUGUUGGAGCCUCUGCCGUUCGCCGGUCCCUGCUGUGCACCAUGCCUGUCGACCUUAGCCAGUGGGCCGGGCCCCUGAGCCUGCGGGAGGUGGAGGAGAAGCCGCAGCACCCCCUCAGCGUCAAGUACGCGGACAGCGAGAUCCUCGAGCUGGGCCAAGUGCUGACGCCCACGCAGGUGAAGAGCCGUCCGGUUAGCAUUGCGUGGCCAAACUGUGACUCCUCAAAGCUCUACACUCUGGUCCUCACAGACCCAGACGCUCCCAGCAGGAAGGACCCAAUCUUCUGUGUUCCCCUCAGGGAGUGGCACCACUUCCUGGUUGUUAACAUGAAGGGCAGUGACAUCAGCAGCGGCCAGGUCCUCUCGGAUUAUGUGGGCUCCGGCCCCCCCAAGGGAACAGGUCUUCACCGCUAUGUGUGGCUGGUUUACGAGCAGAAUGGACCACUCAAAUGUGAUGAACGGGUCCUGUCCAACCGUUCCGGAGACCACCGGGGCAAAUUCAAGGUGGCUGCCUUCCGUGCCAAGUACAAGCUUGGGGCCCCUGUGGCUGGCACGUGCUACCAAGCUGAAUGGGAUGAUUAUGUGCCCCGGCUCUACGAGCAGCUGGCAGGGAAGUAGGGCCCUGCCAACUUGCGGCCCCUCCCCAGGCAAAGGCAUUUCAUGGGUGAUGUGAGCAGGCGUCCCCUCCCACGGGUGGGAUCUGCUCAGUCACCAGGUGUCGUGGAGUCUUUUCCUUGUAAUGGGGGACUUGGGCCUGGGUUAGGGAUAAAGGAGCUCGCUUUCAGUGAUGUCAGCUUGCUGGCUUAGUGUGUUAGCCUGUAGUGGGGGGGGGGGGAGCCAUUGAGAUGUUAGUAAAAGUUAUGAUUUGAUUUCUAGCAUUCCUAGUGGAGAAAUAAGAAUAAUCUGUCAAGAUGCUGAUAGCGGAACAUAGGUAGAAUGUUAUGGAGAUUAUUUUACCUUCAUUAAAUCUUUGUGGAUCCUA